GGCAUCGGCAGUCGCUGUUGCGCGCCAGCAGCGCUCACUUUUAGCGCCAAAGACUGUGUAGCGGGAACUUCGAGCGACUCACAUCACAAGUACCUAGGCGCUGCUCAUCUUGAUAUGUUCUAUUUUCGAAGAUGUCUCGCUCAGCAAGCACACAUUUGUUGACGACGAGGAUUUGCCAUCACUUCCGGUCAUCAAAUCGCCAACAUGGAUCAGCGCGCCCGCUUACUUUUACUGAUCUUCCCCCUGCAAUCAGGAGGCGAAUCUAUAGCUUCAUUUACGAUGUCCGACCGGAAGCGCUGUAUAGUACGGAUAAUUGUAUUGAUGUCACGACCGAAAAGCACACGCUGUGCGACUCGCUCCCUGAAGAGUUAUGGGAGACAUGGUGCCGUUUACGCCUCGUAAGUCGCGUCGUCGCGGCCGAUCAACUCCCUUGGUUCUGCUCGACGCAUCUCAUUGCACUCGAUUGGAUGGACAUUUCAUAUCUCGCAGUCGAGGAAAGUCCAAUACCAAGCUUGAUUCCAUCUUUCAAACGUCUCUUUCUCGACCUGAACAAGGAUUCUACCAGCGAAGAUAGUCCUCUCCCAGAGUCUCGUGAGGUCCCUUUCCCUCCUCGCACAUGGAAGCAAUUCUGCUGUCGCUUGUCUGCCAUUCCAUCACUCGUUCUCUACGUCGACUGCUAUUUCACCACUGCACGCUACGCGGCAGCGAUUCUAGGUCCAUUGGAGGACCUCAAUGUUUCCAAACUCGCGGUCCAGUUGAGCGACACUUUCAGCCCAGAGAUCAUGGAAGUGAUUCAGUCCUCGGUUCGUAAAGUAGCCCACAGACAAGCUUCACACAAGGGUCAUUUUCGUUUCCUUGACUUACCAAUCGAACUUCGUCAGCAUGUUCUUCGCUUCACGGACCUCGUAGCCCCAACAAGGGAGGUGCUGUGGGAGCGAAAUGAGUUUUCUUUGUACCAUCAUCUGGACGCUCCUCGAUUGCCCGCAGGGCGCUGCUUCGAUCAAGAAUUUUGCUCUCAAGCGGGCAAUGCGAUGCAUCCACCUUGCGGAUGUUUUCGCGCCCCGCGGGCUUUAUUUCUUGUCUGUCGAAUAAUGACGGAAGAUGCACGUAUGAUCUUCUACAGCUCGAAUCGGUUCAUCAUAACUCCCCAAGAUCAUGAGUUGAACGACACUCUGGACGAGAUGACAUUGUCUGUGGACACAAGAGCUUUACUAACAAAAGCAAUUCCCACCAAAUUCCUCUGCUGUCUGAGAGAACUCGACCUUCUUUUCGACUAUUCUUCAUUCGUCGACAUCGAUACAAGCCUAUUGAGCGGAUUGAUCAAAGCCGUCCAUCUUCUCGCGCAGAACGCGAGCCGCCUUACCCUUGCAGUACACAUUGAUAUGACAUACCGACCGGGGCUUUCACCUGUCGACUUCGCGCCAGACGAAGAUCGCAUCAGCAAUUGCGCAAACGCGCUAAGGCAACUCAUGGAGCUAUUCACGCCACUUCGGCAAAUGGCUGCGUUUUUCGUGUUCGUGAGUUCGAUGCCUCACGAGGGACCCCCCGUGGAAAAGCAGUCUCUGCGCCUUCUGGAACAGGAGCUUGAGCAAUUCGCCAUGGGUGACACCUACGAUGCUCUCGCCAGAGGCAAAUUGCUGCGUCGCAAGGGCUACUGCGAUACUCAAGACUUGUUCCUCCUCUGAUGAGAGCACAUAAUCAGAGCGAUGACGGACAGUCCUGUGUUCUGAGCCUAUGCUCCCCUUUCACGAAUGAUUUGCAAUCGAAGCGACGAAAUCAUCGAGGACCAAUUUGAACUCGUCCUUCACACUUCGCGCCCCUCUCGUGAAGUUUCUGGCCAGCUCUCGUGCCCAACGUACAA